GAUUUCUCCCCCCAAUAUCUUUCCCUCUCGCAAAGGGAAGACGAACAAACAAAAUCUCCGUGUAUAAAAAACUGAAACGACAUCUAUUGAAGAGAGGGUUUGUUUUGUAAGGAAAAAUAGAGAAGAAGAAGAUCAAGAAAACAUGUCUUUCGAUUUGCAGUUAAAGCCAUCAUGUGGAGGUUGUGGAUCAACUUCUGAUCUUUACGGAAGCAAUUGUAAGCAUAUGACACUCUGCUACAGCUGUGGAAAACGAAUGACUCAGAAUCGUGCUAAGUGUUUCAAUUGCGGGACUCAAAUCACUCGCUUGAUUAGGGAGUAUAAUGUUCGUGCAUGUUCUACUAGUGAGAAGAAUUAUUUUGUAGGAAGAUUUGUUUCAGGAGUCCCAGUGUUUUCUAAGAAGAAAAAUGCUGACAAUAGAUGGGCGCUUCGGAAGCAAGGACUCGUGGGUCGUCAAGUUACAGAUACCUUGCGGGAGAAGUUCAAGAAUAAACCUUGGCUUUUGGAGGAUGAGACAGGCCAAUUUCAGUAUCAUGGACACCUUGAAGGUGCACAAUGUGCAAGUUAUUAUCUGUUAAUGAUGCAAGGGAAGGAGUUUGUUGCCAUUCCUGCUGGUUCCUGGUACAACUUUAACAAAGUUGCACAGUAUAGGCAACUAACCUUGGAAGAAGCUGAAGAGAAGAUAAAGAAAAGGAGAAAUGCUUCUGUGGGAUAUGAAAGAUGGAUGAUGAAAAUAGCAAAUAGUGGGGCAGCUGCUUUUGGUGAAAAGGAGAAGGAUGAGAAGGAGGCUCAGGCUGGUGGAUCUAGGGGAGGGCGUAAAAAAGAAAAUGAUGAUGAAGAUGAAGGCAAUGUCUCGGAUAAGGGGGACGAGGAUGAAGAAGAGGAAGCACAAAGGAAAAAUAGACUCAGACUCAAUAAGAGAGAUGGCGAUGAUGAUGAAGAAGGUCCAAGUGGAGGUGAUCUUGACAUGGAUGACGAUGAUGUUGAGAAGGGCGAUGACUGGGAACAUGAAGAAAUAUUUACUGAUGAUGAUGAAGCUGUUGGCAAUGACCCCGAGGAACGAGAAGAUUUGGCUCCAGAAGUUCCUGCUCCCCCAGAAAUCAAGCAGGAUGAUGAUGAUGAUGAUGAUGAUGAUGAGGCCAAUGAAGUGGAGGGUGGUGGGCUGAGCAAAUCUGGGAAGGAGUUAAAAAAGCUGCUAGGACGUUCAGCUGGAAUGAAUGAUUCAGAUGCCAAAGCUGACAACGAUGAUGACGAUGAAGCGGAUGAUGAUAUGAGCAUGUCAUCUGCAUUGGCUCCAAAAAAGAAGGAUACACCUAAAGAAGAACCUGUUGAAACUCCUGCAAAAGCAGCGCCUUCAGGAUCUACUCGUGGAACCAAAUCUACUACAUCCAAAUCUACAAAGUCAAAUAAAAGAUCAUCUGGGGAUGAUGGUAAAGUUGCCAAUAGUGCACCUUUGAAAAAGGUGAAGACGGAAAUGGAAUCAAAGUCUUCUGCAAUAGAGGGGUCUGCAUCAGCUUUGUCGUCCGCCAAAGCUUCAGCUGACCCAUCUCCUGGCUGUGUUACCGAGGAAGAAAUCAGGGCUAUCUUGGUACAAAGUGCUCCAUUAACAACACGAGAGCUCGUGGCGAAAUUCGAUGGAAGGCUGAAUUCAAAAGAGGAAAAAGAUGCUUUCGGUGCAAUUUUGAAGCAAAUUGCAAUUGUAAAAAGGAUGGAUAAGUUCGAUGGGGCCAUCUACGUGGUAUUAAAGGAUAAGUAAUUUUUGGUUACCUGUAAGCUUUUAUUCGUUGACGGCUUUCUUGGGUUGUAAUAUCAAGGGUUUCAUUGCAUCUCUGCUGAUAUGGAGAUCCUGAGUAUUUGCAAGUCAAAACAGGAAUACGGCUCUUGUCGCUGUUAUCAAAGCCGUCCGAUAGGCUAGGCCAUAUCUAGGGCCUGAAAUUGCUGGGGCCUAAAAUCUUGAAAUUUCUUACAUGUGCAGUACCCUACUGAUGUUUUAUACUUGUAAGCUUAGGCCAUUGUAUAUGUCAAAAUUGAUAUGACUGAUUGAUUUAGGUUUAGAUCAGCUUUCUUUUCGUUCCCCUUAACCUUGCAUGAACAAAAGACGAGUAUGAAGUCUACUCUCUUUUAUCAAUCCAAUCGAAGGAAAUAUGGGUUUUGUGUGGUUUCGUAUC